GAACUAAAGCCCAGAGUUAUGUUUUACCGGACGUUUCCUAAAGACGGACCCGCAGACCCUGUUUCCUUGGCAACUACAUUACGAUGGCGACUUGGGGUAAAUUGAAUAAAAUGGACGUCUGUGAGCUCGGUGACAAUAGCUGUGGAGAAGAAAUAGAGACGGGGGAAGAAAUAAUCGCUGUGUCCAGCUCUUCAUCUGCAGAAAAAGUCUUUGAUUCCAUCACUGGCUGCUUACAGGACAUCAUCAUCACGGAGGAGUUUGAGCACCUUGAGACGAGUUUCUUGGAGAAACACUAUCUGGAGUUUGACGACUCUGAUGAGAACAAGCUCAGCUACACACCGAUCUUUAAUGAAUACGUCAACAUGUUGGAGAAGCACCUGGAGCAGCAGCUGGUUGCACAGAUUCCUGACUUCAACUUUAACACCUUCAUAGAGCUUUUCAUGCAGAACAAAGAGGAAGGGCCGUUGGACAUCUAUACCAUAUUGUUGACAUUCACAGAAUUCACGGCCUUCAAGGAGAAGAUUCUCGAGUACAGAGCUCAGUGGCCGUGCUCCGUGGGUUUAUCGGUGCUAAGCACAUACAGAUGUGGUGCACCUCUGUUCAAAGAGAAGGGCCACUCAGAUCAUCUGAAAAGGACAAAAAAAAAGGAGGGCAGACUUCUGGAUUCGAGUCAGGAUCUGGUGGUGAAAUGUCUUUCUGCGGUCUCCACACAACCCCCCCCCUCACAAUCACCGUGAUGCUCUCCAUUUGCCUCCUCACUCAUCUGUGUCCAUGAGCCUUCAGGGUGUCAUCUUCAGGAUGCGCUCCUCAAACGUUGCUGACUACAGCUUAGUCCUCCUUUUACUGGUGAAGAUAAAACAUCCUUUGAGUUGUUUCUUAUUUUUUAUGUUGGAAUUUGAAAGCGAGAGUCCUAAUUUUGACCUACCCGUGUUUUGUUGUUGAAGCCUUUAUUUGGUGCACAGGUAGCAGAUAAUUCCUUCUGCUGGAAAUGAAUGGUUGUGAAAGUGAUGUUUGCUGUAUAGUUUUUAUGUGAAAUUAGUGGAUAUUCAGCACGUUUUUGUGUAUGUUAACGUUGAAGUUUCAUUUUAAAUGUGUAUUUAUGCCACCAGAAACAUUGCUUUUGUGUUUGUGAACUGAUCUUUUGUAAUUAAACACUUGAAAUCAUUAAA